AUGACGAGCCGGAGCGACACAGUCCCACAGGCAGUGGGCGACGAAUCCAAUGCUACACAGCCGUCCAUGCCAAAGAGCCCGAAAGGGCGACGACGGCUGAACAAGCCAAUGACUGCGGAGCGGCGGAUGCAGAAUUGCAGGGCCCAGAGAGCAUAUCGCCAGCGGAAGAGGGAGAGACUGAGAGAGCUGGAAGCCAAGGUUGCCUCGCUGGGACGUGGCAAGGAUUCUGAGGUUGUGUCUGGUCAGGAUACAGUGACGCCUCUGGCGACUUCAGCUUCGAAUUUGCCGCAGAUUCAGGAAGAGAGCUCGCCGUCUCAUGAUCCGCCGACUGCCGCCAGUUCAUUACAGCCGUACGCCAAUUCCAGUCCUUGGACUUAUGACAGCGGUAAUGCCUGGCUGGAACAUCUGCCUUCAACUUCAUUCGCGAUGGAGAUGAUGGGGUUGCCUAGUACCAUCGCCAAUGAGAGCCAACCCAUGGUGGCAGAAAAUCCUUCUACCGAGAGCUUCUCUGCCUUGCUCCAUCUUACCGAGACAGAGGCAUCGACAUCAACUCCGGCCGAAGCAUCCAACACGGCUGGCUUCACGGGGUCUUCAUCAUCUUCUCUGUUCUCUAUUUACCGCCCCAGCAGCAGACCGCUUUCCAGCAGACCGCAGCUUAUCCGCAAGUGGUUCCAACUUCUUCCCCAAUCGACGCGACGGCUCCUCGCUCAACUGGCCAGAGAUGGGUAUUUCAGCUUCAUAGACAUGAUAUCAUCGUCACUAUUUCUGGCCAACACAAACUCAACCAACCGCAAUGGCCAAGGCUUCGAAGGCAGCGAUCUCAGAACUACCCAGCGACGGGUGUCAGAGAUACGAUUCGCCACAUCUCCCGUGUCCUCCUACUCACCCUAUCGCAACUCUCUCCGCAUCGCGAGAUUCUCUUAUUUCGCUGCUCUAUUCACCAAUUUCAGCUCUCUGGGCUUUGACUUUGGGCUCUUUCUGGAUGAGCGUAGUGUAUCUCCUUUCUGCACCAGCAGAGCCAAUGAAGAUGCGAACACGAGUACUUCGACAACCAUACAAGCUCACGAUAUUCCGCUGAAUCUGCGUCCAAUUCCGACGCAGUAUACAGUAACGCAUCAUCCAUACAUUGAUUCACUGCCAUUCCCCACGUUUCGGCGACGGGCAUUGGCGGCAUUGGCAGCGGAUCCGCCUCUCCUAGACGAAGACGACCUCUGUCUUGAUCUGAUGCUGCAUGAUGGACUUGUAUGCUGGGGCUCUGCGAGCCAGAAUGGAAUGGAUCAUGGUACGCCGUGGGAUAGCCAGAGCUGGGAAGCCAAAGAGUGGUUUCUCCGAAAGUGGAAAUGGCUUGUUGGCGGAAAAGAGGGGGAGCUGUGGCAUAGCUCGCGGUGGUGGGCGGCUCAAAGAGGUGAAAUCAUAUCCAUCUGA